AUGCCUUGUUUUGUUUCCCCCCCUCCGAGAGGGGCCCAUAGCCAACUCGCCGUCACUCUCGCGUUCCGAACUACCGCCCAGCGAGUCGCCUACGCAGGAGAGGUGCACUUCGCCCCUGGAGAGCAUGUAGGGGUCGACCUAGACGAGGCGGUCGGCAACUGCAACGGAACCGUCGAAGGGAAGACGUACUUCACAUGCGAACCGAAGCAUGGCGUGCUGACCCCGGUGGAGAACGUGACCUAUGAGGAGGUGGCCGACAAAUCGGCCAAUGCUUCCCCUCAGUCGGUCAGCAGGAAGAUUCUCGCCCGGAGGAAGGCGGCAAAAGAGCGGAACAGUAAGGUCUGGAACAAGCUGGACAACAUGAACGAGCAGCUGGCCAUCAAGCGAUCCAUGCAGCUCAUGAGCCUCUUCGGGACUGCCAACAGCAGCAAGGACCUCCUCGAUGUGGAGCCCAAUUUCGACGACGACCCCGAUGACAGCGGAGGGCCAAAGCUGGAGUUCCCCAUCACGGAACCCCAGAUAUUGAAAUUGAUGGAGGCUUUUAAGGAGGGGCGCACUCUGAACAUCAAGUACGCGUGGCCACUGGUCAAGAAAGCCAAGGACCUUUUCGCCAAGGAGGCAACCAUCCAGGAGUGCGGGGUCGCGAAAGACGGCAAGAUGACGGUCGUGGGCGACAUCCACGGGCAGCUGCAGGAUCUCUUCUCCAUCUUCACCAUCAACGGAAUACCCUGCCCCCAGAACCAUUACAUCUUCAACGGGGACUUCGUGGACCGGGGCCCCUGUGGAUCGGAGGUGCUCUUCACUCUCUGCGCGUUCAAGGUGAUGCAGCCUGACUGCAUUCGUCUGAACCGCGGGAACCAUGAGUCGAGGCAGCAGAACAAGAUCAUGGGCUUCGAGGAAGAGAUUUUCGAGAAGUACGCGGGUCCAAACGGUAGGCUGCUACUCAGGGCGUGCCACGAGCUCUUCGACGCGCUGCCCCUCUGCGCUCUUAUACAGGAGAGGAUCUUCGUGGUCCACGGGGGGCUCUUCCCUCACGACGGCGUAACCUUGAACCACAUCAAAGGCAUGAGUCGGAAGAGGGAGCCGCCUAUUCACGGGAACUCCUUCGAGGACCAGAUAUUCGAGGCGAUGCUCUGGUCGGACCCGCGACCUAUCCAGGGCCGCCAGAUGUCGGCCAGAGGAGCCGGGGUCGAGUUCGGGCAGGACAUCACCCACGAGUUCCUCAGGACGAACCACGCGGCCCUAAUCAUCCGCAGCCACGAGUGCGUGAGGGAGGGCUUUGAGCUCCUCCACAGCGGCCGCCUAAUCACGCUCUUCUCGGCGAGCCGAUACUGCGGCAUGCAGACCAACAAGGGAGCGUUUCUCACGAUCGGACCGGAGCUUCAGCCGGAGAUACAGCAGUUCUACGCGCACAGUGUGUCGGAAACUUGCUUCGACCAGGACACGAUGCAGCGAGAGACGGAGGAACGGCUGGAAACGGAGGCGGUAAACAUGAUCAUCGAGAGGCUGCUCGAUCUCAAGCCAAGUCUCUACUGGCACUACACCCGCGAGGACCGAACGAAGAGCGGCCGGGUGAGCAAGGUGCAGUGGGCGAACGGCCUCAACCUAGUGCUGCAGCUGGAUGUGCCGUUUCUCAGCUAUGUGGAUCGGUUGGCUGAAGUGGAGGAGGACGGUUCGAUCAACUACACCAAGUUUCUCGAGAGGUAUCGCGUCCAGGUGAGCGGGCUCAACGCCGGGCAAUGGCAGGACGCCAUCGUGGACCAGAUCUGCGAGCGCAUCUUCGUGGCUAUGGGGGCGGGCGACGUGCAGUCGGCGUUCGACUACUUCGACGUCGACGGGGACGGCAACAUCGAGUACGAAGAGUUUGUCAACGCUCUCAAGGCGCUCGAGAUCGGGCUCAGUGAUGACCAGGUGUUCGAGCUGAUGCGAGGGUUGGACAAAGACUGUGAUAGCACAAUCGACUUGGAGGAGUUUGCCUCGAGAUUUGCGCCGGUUUUCACGCGCCUCAACAUGAAGCAAGACGAAGAGAUCACCAAGGUCAUCGCGGGCAGGAGGUGCAGCCUUGUUCUCACACCUACGCAGGAGAACCAAAUGGUGGAGCUCAUCACCAAGCUGCUAAAGCGAUACAUGACGAUGGAAAAGGCUUACGGGGAGCUGGACAAAGACGACGUAGGGUUCCUGACUUACGACGAGCUAGCAGACAAGCUCAUCGCCUUGGGCACGACCUUGGCAAAGGCGGACCUCGUUUCGCUCGCUGCGGAUAUUGACACCGACAACGACAAAAAGAUCAGCAAGGCCGAGUUCAAGCGGGCCUUCAGGGUGACGGACAGGAGGGGUAGCGUGGGGCGGCAGAGCAUCCAGAUCGCAAAUCCGGACGAGCUCGUAAAGCAGCUCAAGGCACAAGAAGAUGAGCGAUCAGAAAGGGUACAAACAGGCUCAAGCGUUUCGAGCGGAGGGGAGCCGGGAGGUCGACUAAUGCAGGAAGUUGGCUGGCAGGAAGGCGUCAUUCAAUCCGUCGCAAACUUCAUGUUCCAGAACCGGCGGCAGUUGGCCGGGGCAUACAGAUCAUUCGAUCUCGACGGGGAUGGCUCUGUCGACAGAGAGGAAUUCCGCUUCGGGAUGCGCAAAAUGAACCAGGUGUUCUCGAGUCCGCUAACAGACGACCAGAUUGACGCCAUCAUGGACGCGCUCGACACGGACGGGGAUGGCACCCUGUCCUACAACGAAUUUCUGGCAGGCUUUGCCGUGGUGGACACCACCAAGUCGACGCCCUCGUCGUCUGCACCCUCGUCGCCACCAAAGACGCCCUGA